UUUUUCGGUAUAGCUGUAAGAGAGAUGCCAUGGUGCGUUGCUUCGGUUGAUAGGCGCCUGAAGCGCAGGGGGGUUGGAGGGAGCAGCGGUGUCCGAGGCCAUGAUCGAGAUGGGUACUUAGCCGCCCGCAAGAACAAAGGUCGUGUCGCGCGGAGAUUGAACAUAUCGCUCUGUCGGCUAAGCUUCCAGUUCAUGAACGAGUGAUUUCUUGCGAUUUCUGGGAUUCAGUGGCAGUAGAGAGCCGCCGCCGUCGCGUCAUGCAGUCCCCACGGCGGGCGGUGACAAGUGAUGAGAAGUCACGUGCGUUCCCGCGGUUUACGCGCUUUGGACGCGGUUGGGAACGCGACUUGUUUUUGACCUCGACGCCACCUCCGACGACGACAACGCCGGUCGUCGCUAUACCCGGCGAAGAGACGACAGAAAACUAGCACACUACAUCAUUCGCUUAUGGCGAGCAACGCAGCGCCUGCGCGGACCCGCUCGCGGCUGGCGCUGCCCGAUGAGCAACCAUCGCUUGACAGGUCGCCAUUGAGGGCGGCGAAGAGCGCCAAUCGGAUGAAGACCUUCAGCCCGGUCGAUGGUGCCGAUCCAACUGCGCGAGCGCCUUCGGAGGAUGCGCGUUCACAAUCUACGACCAAGUCGGGAAAGCGGUCUGCGUCUCCGCCACCAGCGGACGAGUAUACUGCUGGCACGCCUGCAUCGGAGGACAGCCGGGAGCUGAAGAGGGCGCGGCGCGAGGAGGACCCGACAAGAAGGAGCGAUGAGGAGAAUCAGGUUCUGCUCGUCGAGGGCUCAAGCAAUUCGGCAGCUCACACUAAUGCUGGCUCAUCGCGCCCUACGCCAGAACACGAUGCCCUUCAACGCGCACUCGCCUCGCAGCUCAUGAAGCCCUCCUCUACGAUCGCUACUACACGCCCUCCUUCCACCCCCUCGCACGAUCGCUCGCGCUCCGUCCCGGUCUUCCCGGCACCCGCGUCGCAGUCCAUACCACAUAUCGACUUCACACAACCAGCAUUCUCCCCGAUCCGACAGAGGGCACGCUCUCGAUCUCCUGCAAAGGAGCCGACGCUCAGGCUGUAUCCCGCCAGUCCGGAAAAGGCGCCGACCUUUGAGCUGGCGCGCUCGACCGUGAAUGGCACGGCAACCCUGCAAGUCGACAUGCCUGCAACGUCAAUCAGCGGCCCGAGCAGCUCUGCUGAACCUCCGCCGUUGUCUAGCACACCUACACUCGAGCUUGAUACGCCUACUGCUCGUCCUGGACCAUUCGCAUUCCACGAACAAGAACCAUCCACGUCUCAGGUUGUCGAAUCAACUACGUCCCAAGCGCCAGAACCACCCGCAUCCCAAGCGUCGGAAGUGCCCACAUCCCAGGCGUCAGAAGCGCCCGCACCCCAACUACCACCUCCCACCCAAGCACCCGCUCCGCGCCGUUCCCCGCCACCACCUCUGCACAUUGAGCCGCACCAACCCCCUGCCGAUGAGGAGCCAGGCUCACCGCUUACGUCCAUCCCGGGCUCUCCCGUCACUCCUGGGUCACCGCUUACGCCUGUAUCGCCAUCCCCUCCGCCAGCGGUCAAGAGACUGCCCGCCGAGGACCCGCAUCGUAUUGGCGAGGAUAUGCAGAUGGACGUGGACAUACAAAUGGAUAGCCAAUCCUCCCUAACCAGUCGGCCAAGCACAAGUCGUCUACCGCGUUUGGGACCAAGCGGUAGACCAGCAGCGCCGAGGACACGACAAGCGUCUGGUUCGAAGCCUGCACCAGCGAAAGCCGGAACCUCCAAGGCAGAGGCAGCAUCCAAACCGACGGCAGCAUCGAAGUCCAAGGCCACUGGUCCUGCGAUCAAGCCAGCCGCAGCGAUGUCCAAGCCAGCAGCUGCAACGUCUAGGUCGACUGGCGAGGCAGCGGCAGGACCUUCGAAAGCCACUGCAGGAACGUCUAGAUUCACGGCAGGAUCGAGGUCGAAGGCGACUGGCGCUACAGCCGCGUCUAAACCCAAUACGGCAGCUGCGUCCAAGCUGAAUGCAGCAGAUGCAUCCAAAUCGACUGCACCAGCUGCUUCUAAGCCGAACGCCUUUACCGUCCUCAUGUCGGGCGCGAAGGGCAAGGCGAAGGAUGUGGGCGCUGGCAAGGCGGGUGCGUCCGGUAAGCCUGGUACAUCUAGCAAACCGACCGCGGCGAAGUCCUCGAAGACGGCGAAACCUACGGCUGCCUCCAAACCGUCCACUUCUUCGAAGCCCGACGCGUCCAGGAAACCCUCUGGCUCGUCCAAGCCCGAGUCCUCAACAUCUACGAAACCCAGGUCCAUGAGCCGUGCGACCUCAAUUGCGCCGUCCGAGUCCGGCAAGGGCAAGGGCAGGCAGAAGGACAGGGAGCGCGAGCGGGAGUCCUCUGUUGUGAGCACGAAGUCGUCGGUCGGGGGCACGGGGACGGGGACGAACGGUGUGAAGGUGAAGGCGAAGAUGCGCGGGCGGCAGCAGCCGAAGCCGAUCCCGACCUUUGUGUAUCCGGACGAGGAGGACGACGUGCCGCCGAACGACGAGGAGGUGCCGUUGAAUGAUGUAGCGGUGCCUCUGAAUGACGCGGCGAUUUCGUUGUACGAUGUGGGGACGUCGAGGGAGGGGUUGUCGAUGGCUGCGACGUCUGCCUCGAUGCCGAACUUGACCAACUUCGUACCGCCGCCCGAGUUCCGAUUCCCUUCGUCGCCUGCACCAUCGGAGCGACAUUCUGAAAGCGGGGUGGAGGAGCCUGGUGGACUAAUCAAGGAAAAGAGCACGGAUGGGGACGUGGAGAUGCAUGACGCUACCGCUCAAGAGCCGAGGGACGAUGUACCACUCACUCAUCAGGAUGUUGCACGGCCCGAGCUGCGAGACGGAGGCCCUCCGGCCGACGAACAGCUCAUGGCUGUGGAUUUGCCUACGUCUACAGGUGCGGACAUGAACGGAUCUCCGACUAUGCAUGCACCGACCGCACCUACAGCCGAGCCAACGACGCAUAUAGCCAUCUCAUCAUCGCCCACAGCGGAUGCCUCGCGACCGCGCGAGCCGACCGCAGAUGCGCCCACGUCGGAACAGCCAGCCACCGAAGAUCAGGAUGGCGCGGCGUCGACAGCAAUCACGGACGCCACAAACCAAGUCCCGAACGAUGGAGUUAUCACUGAGCCUGUACCGGUGGACGGCGAGUCGUCCGCUGCGAAGGACAAGAUAUCGCAGGCGGAGGAUGAGGGUCGGGGCCGCGCGCGGCAGAAGGCGCAACCCACCAGGUCUCGCGCGCCGUCAAAGGCAACGACACCGAGGGUCACCAGGAGCGUAUCCGUCCGUAGACAAGAUGGGACGAGUGCAGGUGUUACUCCUGCGACUGGCCCUCGAGGACGAAAUAACGCACCACAGGUUCAGGAUAGUGCUCAGCGAGGACGUCCCACAACACAAGCUAGUGAAACCAGGCAAGGGCGGACGACCUCGCGAGCACGGCCUGUUGGGGGUCAAGCACCUACACGGAUAUCUCCUCGAACAGCACGUUCGAAGUCAAGACCUUGGGAGGCACCGAAGACACCGAAGGCGGCGGAGAAGGCGGCGGGGCCUAACAAGGGGCAUCCUACGGACUCGAAGAAGGACGAUGACAGGCUUGUGGAAUAUCCAACCUCAGACCUGUCCGACUUGCCAGAUGAUGCUAUGGAUACGGAGGAGGAUAACGUCGUGCACAUCUCGAAGGCGCAGCGGCCGGUCAUCGUACAGAAGCGGCCGGCGCCAGGGAAGGCAGCACAGACAUUCUCGACACACUCCGCGUCCUCGAAGGAAGCCUCUACCUCGUCAACGAAAGCAGCGACGACCAAGAUACCAGGACCGUCGUCGCCCACGAAGAUGAUGCCCAAGACGCCCACCAAAUCGAUAUCCGUCAUGAUCAAGAAGACGCCUUCGCCCAACAAGCGCGCGCGCUCCAGCUCGUUGGCUCGUCCGUCAUCCUCGUUCUCCUUGAAGGGUCAGCGCGAAUCGUUGAGCAUCCUCGAGCGCGCGCUGGAGCGGGUGGACAAGCCAGCACCUACGCGGCCGAGCACGAGCAUGGGCUUCGCGUCGGACGAUACGCCGUCGAACUCGACCACUGCCAGCAUGAUGCAGGCGCCGAUGACCGACCUUGGUCCACGAGGGCUAAAGCGGUCGGCGUCUGCGGAUAGUGAGGCGUCUAUGAGCAAGCGUCCUUCCUUUGAACGUGCGGACUUAAAUGGGGGCGCGGGCCCUUCAUCAAGACCACUGGGACAGAAGCCCAUUGGUGCCUUCUUUCGUCGGCCUGCUGGUGCCCCUGGUCCUUUCGGUCACCGUGCACCUAAGGCGAGCAGGCAGCCGAUGUUGCAGACGGUUAUCGGGAGCCCCGUCAAGGGGGGCGGCGCACCAGUCGCCACUGACGACGAUGAAGAGAUGCCACAGAUCCAGCCCUUCAUGCCCAUGCUGCCGCCCGCGGAACCAGAAGCCGGCCCAUCCCAACCCAUGGUCGACUCCCCCGACGAGAUGCCCGAGGACGACGACCUCCAGUUCGUCGUUUCUCCCGAGCUACUGCGCGAGGACGCUGAACUGGCUGAACUCAUCGAGCGCAACCGCGCGAAGGACGAGGCGGCGCGGCACAAGCCCCGCCCUGACGCGGCAGCGAUCCGGCUGGAGGGGCGGCGCGCGAGCUCGGCGUUCAGCGCGUUGUCGCAGAGCCUGAAUGAGAUGCCUGCGAAGAGGAAGGGGGACAUGGGCCCGCCGAAGACGCCACCGAGGCCGGGGACGAGGCAGGGGUUGAGGAGUGCGAGUAAUCCGUUUCCGGGGAAUGGGGACGGAGCAGGCGGGUCGGAUUCGGCGGGUGGCGAGGGGAGCAAGGGGAAGGAGAGGGAGAAGGAGGCGCCGGAGCCGAAGCUGGACGUGCUGAAGGGCUGCGUGAUCUUCAUUGAUGUGCGGACGGAUGAUGGAAAUGAGUAUCAGGAUGUGUUCAAGUUGAACUUGAAGAGGUUGGGGGCGCGGGUUAUCUCCCGGCUCGCCCCCUCGUGCACACACAUCAUCUACAAGAACGGGCUGCCGAACACGGCGGUGAGGUUCCGUCUGAUGGACCCGCGGCCGAAGGUCGUGGGCAUCCGGUGGGCGGUCGAGUGCGUUGAGCAAAGGCAGCACGUCGACGAAGAGGGACAUCUCAUCGACCUCGAGCAUGUGGAUGUGGCGGGGCAUCUGGGGAAGCAAUCGCGCCCGGCGAGGCGGAGGUCACUCAUCCCGCAGCGGUCCCGGAAGGAGAAGGAGAAGGGAUCCGAGGACCUCGAUCUCGAUCUCGACGUCGAUAUGGAGGGCGAUGCGGAUACGUCGAUUCAGUCGCUGUCUUCCACGAACUCAGAAGAGGAAGGUCUCACCCCUUUAGAGCGCGCUCGUCUGCGGAGAAAGAUGCGCGUGUCGGAGAAGGCAUAGAGUGAACUCCCGUGUCCACUACAACAUGAAGUGAUGCGCGUGAAGGGGUGGGGUGGGUGUAAAUGCCGGUGUGCUUUAAUGCUGUAAAUGUAGGUAUUUAUGCGUUCGUUAGAGCCCGUGCGCUUAUAGCUCGGGGCUGCUAUUAGUUUACUAUCACGACCCUUCAUGUAUGCUUUAUGGUAUCAUAGUGCUCCCCUGUGGGGUUUAUUGGAGAUAGCGGUGGCGAAAUUGGGUUGGGCUGUCGAUUUCUGUGUGGGUACGGUUUGACGUCGCCAUGGGUCAAC